UCCCCUGCGUUUAUAGAUGGACAUCAUUCUGUCCCUUGAUGAACUUUCUCGUGCCAAUAGCAUCGCCCGGAAUUAAUAAAAGUUCCGCCGUGGACUCGAUCCACGUCCGCCCGUGCUAGGCGGCCACCACACCAGAGCAGCCCCCCAACCUGCAAACAGUACACACUCUGUCUGUCUCUCCCUCUCGUCGACCAGAGCACGGCCGGCCGGCCCCCAUUCGCGCGCGCGCCAUGACCCAACCAUAAAAAGCCCACAAGCCCCGGACACUUUGCCCCUCCCCGAAACCGCAAAUCCACAAACGCGCCAAAGAUACCGCAAUGCCUACCCCUUCCUCGCCGUCGCCUCUCCUCCCACCCCCGGCGCCCGCAUCCGCUAGCCGCCGCCGCCGCCGCCUCCUCGCCUCCACCCACCCCUCCUCCUCCGCCGCCGCCUCAUCCUCUUCCUCGUACUCGUCCUCAUCGUCGUCCGCUUCCUCCAACCCGCCCUUCUUCUCCCCGGUGCCCUCCCCCUUCCACCACCGUUUCCUCUCCCCGCUCCGGGCCUCCGCCGUGCCCUUCUCCUGGGAGCACCGCCCGGGCAUCCCCAAGACCCCCGCGCGCGCCCCACGCUGCGCCAAGCCCCCCGGCGCCACCAAGCCAUCGCCGCCGCUGCCCCUCCCGCCCUCGCUCUUCUCCACCAACAGCAACAGGGUCAGGGUGGUCGCCGAGUACGACUACUCCGUCGUCCCCGAGAAGAAGGCGAGGAGGCGCUGCAGGCGGACGCCGCCGCAACGGCGGUGGCCCGCGGUGGCCGACGCCCUGGGCGACUGGCUCGCCGUGCUGAACCUCUACCGGUCCUGCACCAGGUCCCGCGAUUGCCUCGCCCCCGCGACCGGCCCGCCGCCGCGCCCGCCGCGCUCCUCUGAGAUCGAUGGCGUACGACCAGUACGUACGUACUAUACGUCGUAGAAAGUUUGUUUGGGCUGGGUGUAUGCGUUCCGUACCUGGGCCGGGCGUACGUAUACCGACCGAUUGAGGAAUUUGGUGACAUGACGCUGUAAUUAAGGACGGGGUUUCGUGUGUCGGCAGUGCGAUGCAUGUGAGCUAGCGUGCUCCACCAAGAAUAAUCAAUGGGAUACUGGUUAGUUGGGCACGAUUAGCAGUGGGUUGGUUAAUAAUGCCAUAAUGUCUGCUGCUGUUAUUGGUCAGUUUUUAGACUUGACAUUAUUAUGACAGCAUGUGGUGGUGUAGUUGCUGCGUGCGUGUCUUCUACAGUACUAGGAGUGUGCUUCUGCUCUUUUUUCUUUGGAGGAAAAUGUGUGUUGGGUCUGAUCGAUGUUGCACCGGUCAAUCACCGUCCAGCUAGUGGGUCAUGGCUUCUGUGGUAAAGGAUGCACUAAUCGAUCUGACUGAAAACAUGCUAUACCUUUCUCAUCU